CUCACCCACCCAACCCGUCGAGGGCGUCUGGUCUCUCUCCUUAUUCCCCUCUCCCCCUGAAGCUCUCCCCUCUUUCUAAGCUCUCCGGCAAGAGGAGAGGAAGGAGGGAAAGAAACGCGGAAAAAGGAAACGAAAGGGAGCGAGGGACAGAGAGCAGCAGAAGAAGAAGAGGAGAAAGGAAAAAUGUCGAAGAAGAAGGCAUUCAGUGGCUCCACCAUGACUUUGAAGGAUUUUCACGGCGGCUCAAUCCCUUCUGAUAUCCCCCUACCUUCAGCCCCUGGAGUCGUGGUGAGAAAUUUUGACCGGCCUGGACUUGACCGGGGGGGUCCGGCAGCCUGGGGGAGUCCUAUCAACCGUUCGGACCACCGUCGACCUGGAUCUGCCGGGGCUUCCCGGAAUUUUGACGAAAAGGCGUCGUUUUUCUCGCAUCCGGUGCAUAUUGGUCGGAACUUUGAUGAGGACGAGAGGAAGCCGCUUGACUCCGGCCCCAGGAGGAACUCUAUUGAUGACGACGGCCUUCCGACCGCUAGAUCCGAUCGUUUCGUGCUGAACCGUCUUGAUCCGAGGCUGCCUGAGGCGAAGACUUCCGUUCGGCCGCAGAUCUCAGGAGCUCAAGCGCUGAAUACGGCUGCAUCUGUUGUCUCAGCUAGGCCGAGCUCGGGAAGUGGAAACCCUUCUGGAGUUCCAAAUGCUUGGGGCGUGAGGCAGGAGCUAGGGUUUUAUGAGGAACGGACUCAAGCGCCUGUUCCACCAGCACAAUCUGCAUCCGCAGCAUCGCGGCUUGCAAGUGCGAGUGCUAUAGAGAAGGUCUCCUCGGGGAUAUGGCAAUCGAAGCUGGUGAUCUCAUCACAUCAAUCUCAGUCAUCGAUCUAUCAGCCAGAGUUUGAGACUAGAGCCGCAGAGUUCGAGGGUAACGGUAGCUUUAAAAACACUAGCUACAACGAGAUCACUAGUUCUCAACCUCGCCCUUUCAAAGAUGAAAUUGCUCCUGCUCUUGAUGCGAAUCAAGUAGAUAGCCGAAGGUAUCACGAGACUAGAAGGUAUGACGAGGAUGUUGUUCGUCCAAGGGAUGUAGAAUGUGGAGACUACGAGAAAGAGAGAUCCAGAAUGGCUCGACCUGUUUCCGCUGAAGGGAAAUUGGAUAUACAACCACAGAGUGAAUUCGAGGAGAGGCCAAAGUUGAAGCUUCUACCGAGAACAAGGCCUAUGGAGCCGCAAGAUUCAUACAUAAACGAAUAUAGGCUGCCCACGAAUUCAAGCGUGCAAGUGCAUGAUGAAGUUGUUGUGAAUGUUAAUCAUCCACCAACGUCCGGUUCAGCUGUGCCAGAUGAAAGUAAUAGAGUAGGUGAACGCCCAAGGUUAAACUUGAAGCCCCGUUCACAGGCACUGGAGCAAUCGGACGGGAUUACUGAAAGGGGAAGGAAAACCAUAUUUGGUGGUGCACGUCCACGAGAGCUAGUCCUAAAGGAGCGUGGAGUUGAUGAUGAGAUUAUUAACAGCCUGGACCCAGUUCACCCGCCCAGCAGGGGGAAGCACGAUCUUCAAAGGUCUGAUGCAAAAACGGAUUCUGUUACACAACACCACCGGCUUGCUGAUAGGGCGGACAAUGCUAUGACAGAGCAGAGAACUGGACACCGGACAGUUGAACGUGCUGAUAUCCAAUCUGAUCGUCGUGAUUUUGAGAGGAAAGAUAACCGCGAGCAGGAGAAGAUAGAUCUGCAAAGGAGUUCACGCAGAAGCGAUAACUGGAGGAAUGGUAGGGACAUUGAAAAGCAACAGGAUCGACAUGAAGAGCCAGAGAGCUGGCGGAAGCCCGAGCGCAAUAAAUCACCUGAACCACCAGCUCCUCGGUAUGGGCGGGCAGCUUCUGCGGUGGAACUUGUUCAGGCCUUCUCUAGGUCAGUUUCUGUUUCUGGUAAAACAGAUCAUGCGAUGCCCAACGUAAGGAGCCUACCGAGCAAGCUGGUGGACUCUGGUGCCCUGUCUGGCCGCUCUCCUGUACCAUUUUCUCGACUGACAGAUGCUCGAGAGGUUUACCCUGGAUCAGCACAAAGGCAUAUAAAUGGUUAUUAGGGAAAUCGUCAAAGAGAGCCAACUCAAAAUUCCAUCUCAGGCCCUGCCAUAUUAGCGGGAGCCUGUCCUUGACCCGAGCUGACUGUCGUGCUGUUCUUGGUUAGGAAGAACCAAGAUAGUUCAAGGUGACAGGGCAGCCAUUUUACCUCUUCUUGCUUUAGUUACCUUUUCAAAUGCUGGGACAUAUUUCUUGAGAUAAGUGAGUCCUGGCUGCAUUUCUGGAUUAUAGUUUUAGUCCCUCAAGAUUGAAUAUAAUUUUCAAAGGUUACACGGUUGAA